AUGCUGAAAACAAGUCCCGCAACCAGCGAUUUAAGUACUUCCACCGACAACAAAUGUGAUGUCGAUGAUUCACAAUCUCAACGUCAACGCGAAGGUCAACCCCCGCCGCCAACCGAACAAAGCACGGGUGAGGAAAUAUGUUACGAUCUAGCUCAUUUUCGAACCGUGCGCGUGUUGAGCAAUAAUAGUACGCACAAGAGUGCCACUCUGUUGGGCCAAUUUACCAAUCUUUCGGCGGAAAAGUUCGCCAUCGUCGUGCUCGAGAAAAGGGCCUUCACGGAGGCCGAGAUUACGACAGCGCCUCCAUCAUCUGAUACGCCAACGCAGCGCGAAAUAGGUGGCAGUGAAAGUGAAAACGAGCACACCGAGAAAAACGAUCCAGCUGGCAGUGGGCGAACGUUUUUCACUUCGUCGUCUCAGUUGUGCAAGGAGUUUGUGAAUGACGUCUAUGGAAACUUUCUGUGUACCGUUGAUCCUACGCUUAACCGUUUGAAGGUUUCCAUCAUUUAUCCCGCUUCCGAAAAGCAUGUCGUAAAGUAUACCACCCAGCAACGGUACAUGAUUGAAGAAACGAGCGAUCUAUACAAUACGAUAACUUUACCCCAUCUGCAGCAGGAGCAACUUGGCCUGGAGUGGCUUUACAACAUACUAGAACACCGAAAGGAGAAAGAACGUAUCGUGUUCGAAGAUCCUUGCAACGAGAACGGGUUCAUUCUUCUUCCGGAUCUGAAAUGGGAUGGUAAAACGAUCGAACAGCUGUACCUGUUGGCCCUGGUGCGCCGUCGAGAUAUUCGCUCUAUCCGCGAUCUAACUGCGGCCCAUCUGCCGCUACUGCGAAACGUCCAAUCGCGCGGAAUAGCAGCCAUAAAGGAACGCUACGGUAUCGGUGCGUCCGAAUUGCGAAUAUACUUGCACUAUCAGCCCACGUUUUACCAUCUGCACAUGCACUUUACCUACCUGCGGCACGAUCCGCCUGGAACGGGGUGCGAAAAGUCCCACCUACUCUCGACGGUGAUUAACAACAUUGAGCUCCGGGAGGAUUACUACCAGCGGGCGACCCUUUCGUUUGUGCUAAAAGAAUCGGACAAACUCUACGCCAAGUUCCUUGCUGCCGAAACGGACGAACCGGCGGCAAAGCGAAGCAAAACGGAACACGGCCACGAUUCAUCUCAUUAA